AAAACCUGGUAUCCAUUUUUCUUCGAUUACAUUAUAUGUUUCUCCAUAAAAUUCACGAAUCGAAUAUUUUAUUUUCCAACUCAACUCCCUUAUUACAAUAGGGAGUUAAGCUUAUAAAUCUGUUGUGAAAAUGGGGCAUCUAAUCAUACAUGAUAUUUGUAAUUCAAAUAAAUCAUUUUAGUUUAGAUAAAUUGAAUUGAUUUUAUCUCCCAUCUAUCUCAAUACAACUCACUACGAAAUUAACUAUAACUCUAUAGGAGUUACCGACCACGGCAGAGUUCUGUCCAUGUAUGAAUAGUAAAACGUAGGCACAAAACCAAUCUUGAUGACCUCUUGAAGCUAAUAAACCAUUUGUUUGCACAUUGUGUUUAACGAAUUCACGUAAUAUUGUUAUAAUAUUACUUUUGCACACAAAUAAUGUCAUAAUCUCACUUAAGCAAGCAAGCCGCGUGAGGCACAUUAUACCUUUUUUAAAGUAUAUUAUUUAGUGACCAGAAUGAUGUUUGGGCACCAUAUUUAUGUAAUCUCCAGUAAGAACGCAAAGAUUUCUACAAAAAUUUAGUUAUAUUAUUUGCUUAGAUUUAUGGAAGUUUCAAGUCACAAAAUGGGGAAGAUGCAACUUAAAGUUGGAUGUGAAGGCAACACCGCGUCUUAAUUAAAAAGCCAAUCCCCACUUCCAUUAGCCGUGAAACACCAAACCUUAUGGCUUUUUUAAUCUCUAAAUAUCCACAUGUUUAUUAUAUAUAUGCAUGCUCAUUUUUAUGAUGUCCAAUUAAUAACAUAUACAUACAUAUUUAUUUUCUAACUGAAUGAAGAUUCACGUAGGUUCGUCGAAAGAGUUAAGUUGAACACGAGAUACUUUCAUAUUACCUCACACCUAAGUUUUAGAAAGUGAAAUUAUAAAAAUACUACAAGCACUUAGAAGUUAAAAACUAACGAUUGCUAUAAUUUAUAGGCGUAAUUCAUAAACAAGGAGUUAACAUAUAAAAAUUUCGUUCUUUCAUUUUUGUUGUUGAACUGAUAAAUUAUUUGAACACCUGAAUUUAAUAUACCCACAAAGAUAUAAUCCUUAGUAUAUAUGAUUUGAUGAAUCUAAUGUCUUAAAAACUUAUGAAAUUUCAUUUGAAUAAGGACAAAUUAAUAUUAAACAAAAAUCAUAUUUCUUUCUGUGACAAACAACCAGCAAAAUCAGGAUCAUCAGAUCAUAAACACAAGACACAUGUAAGAAUGACAAAGCAAAGAGGCAAUAGUACCCUUCUCUCUUCCUUGCAUAUAUAUAUAAAACCUCAUCUCCCUUGUUUUAGCAAUAUACUCACUCACAUCUCUCUCUCUCUCUCUCUAACACACAAACACAAAGAAUAUGGACAAAACACAAACUUGGUCUUGAAGAAAACCCCAAAACGCAGCGUUUUAUCAGAAAAACCAAAGAAUCAGUCGAUCAUGGCUUCUACUUCUACUACCUUACUUCCUUCUACUCCAACCCAGUUUCUUGAUCGUUCUUUAAGACACAAUCUUCAAUCUCUAUCAUUCUCCUCUUCGCCAACACUCGGAAACAAGAAACUAAACCCCUGUUCUGUUUCCUCCUCCAACAACAAAACCUUCUCCAUCUCGUCUUCUCUCCAGUCUCCGGCGACAUAUCAACCACCGUCUUGGAAGAAACUAUGCAACGACGUCGCCUCCUUGAUCACCAAAACAACGAGUCACAACCCGAUACAGAGAACCGCCGCUACGAUCUUAGACGCGGUGGAGAACGCCAUGGUCUCCCACGAGCGCCGCCGUCAUCCGCUCCCUAAAACGGCGGACCCCGCCGUGCAAAUUGCCGGAAACUUCUUCCCGGUCCCGGAGCAGCCGGUUAAGCACAACCUUCCGGUGACGGGAACAGUGCCAGAGUGUAUCCAAGGAGUCUACGUCAGAAACGGAGCUAAUCCGCUUCACAAACCGAUCUCCGGCCACCAUUUUUUCGACGGAGACGGUAUGAUUCACGCGGUCCGGUUUAAUAACGGUUCGGUUAGUUAUUCAUGCCGGUUUACCGAAACAAACCGGUUUGUUCAAGAGCGAGAACUGGGCCGGUCUGUUUUCCCCAAAGCGAUAGGAGAGCUUCACGGACACUUGGGGAUCGCUAAGCUAAUGCUAUUUAACGCACGUGGGCUAUUCGGUUUACUCGACCCGACCCAAGGACUCGGCGUGGCUAACGCCGGUUUAGUCUAUUUCAACGGUCAUCUCUUAGCAAUGUCCGAAGACGAUUUACCGUACCACGUAAAAGUCACCCAAACCGGAGAUUUAGAAACCUCGGGCCGGUACGAUUUCGACGGUCAGCUAAAAUCGACAAUGAUCGCCCACCCGAAACUCGACCCGGAAACCCGCGAGCUAUUCGCUCUCAGCUACGACGUCGUUUCGAAGCCUUACUUAAAAUACUUCAGAUUCUCAUCGGACGGUCAAAAAUCCCCCGACGUCGAGAUCCCGCUCGACCAACCGACAAUGAUCCACGACUUCGCGAUCACCGAGAACUUCGUCGUGGUCCCCGACCAGCAAGUGGUGUUCAGGCUACCGGAGAUGAUCCGCGGCGGCUCCCCGGUGGUUUACGACAAAAACAAGAAAUCAAGAUUCGGUGUUUUGGACAAAUACGCUGAAGACGCUUCGUCGAUGCGGUGGAUCGAAGUGGAAGACUGCUUCUGUUUCCAUCUCUGGAACGCUUGGGAAGAGGCGGAGACAGACGAGGUUGUCGUGAUCGGGUCAUGCAUGACGCCACCCGACUCGAUAUUCAACGAACACGACGAAACACUUCAGAGUGUUUUGUCGGAGAUAAGACUAAACCUGAGAACAGGGGAGUCCACGCGUCGGCCGGUUAUCUCCGAGGAAUUAAAUCUCGAAGCCGGUAUGGUAAACCGGAAUCUUUUAGGUAGGAAAACCCGGUUUGCGUACCUUGCUUUAACCGAACCGUGGCCUAAAGUGUCCGGUUUCGCGAAAGUGGACUUAUCGACAGGAGAGGUUCAGAAAUAUAUAUACGGUGACGGGAAAUAUGGAGGAGAGCCUCUGUUUAUGCCAGAGGGUUCCAGUUACGCCGGAGAGGGCGGUGGUUACGUUAUGGUGUUUGUUCACGACGAGGAGAAUGUGAGAUCUGAACUACAAAUCAUAAAUGCAGGUAGUCUGAAGCUUGAAGCUACGGUUACGCUUCCAUCGAGAGUUCCUUAUGGUUUCCACGGAACUUUUAUCAGUAAUGAAGAUUUAUUGAAGCAAGCUUUGUGUUAAUCUCAGAUUAACAUUUUAGGUUUUUUAAAAAAAUAUUAUAAAUGUUAUAUAGUCUAUGAGAAUUGUUGCCUGAGGGAUUGUUGUGCAUUAGUCCCCGGGGUCGAAUCUCUUCAUUUUUUUUUGUGUGGAUGUGUAUAAUUAAUAUUUAAACCAAUUAGAGAAUUAAUUACAAGCUGAAGCUGACACAAAA